GAGCGUUAAAUUGCUCCCACCCAUCCCCCAUUAAAACUUUCUAGACUCCGAAAAUGAAAUCCCCCGAGGAUUACUGUUCCGUUUAUGAUGGCGCCUCAGUGGCAAACUUUGGAUUUCUGGUAUUAAUUACCCUUGGAAUAAUUGCCAGUUAUAUUCCUCAAUAUCUUCGUAUUAAGGAAAAGAGAACCUCUGAAGGUCUUUCCACCAACUUCUUACUCUUGGGUUCAUGUUCCUCGAUUUUCACAUUCACAAACAUCAUCUUGGUGAGUUCCAGAGCCCGUCAAUGUUGUUUCAGUGGCCAAUUGACCUUGUUCAAUUGUUUGAAUUCUCAAUUAAAUCUCAUUCAAAUUGGUAUUCAAUGUUUAUGUGCACUUUUAAUUUUGGUGUUUGUUUUGAUUCUUACCAGAUAUUCAGAUAAACAAGACCAUGAAGAGUACAAAAAAAUCGUGACGGUGGGUCAUUGGGUUACAUUACAUGGAGUGAUUUCACUCUUGCAGAUCUUGUUUGCCGUUGUAAUGAAUGACCAUGGAUUAUUAUUAAGUAUAGCAAACUUGAAUGGUUUAUUGUCAACCGUGUUAACCAUGGUGAAAUAUGCACCUCAAAUCCAUACCACAUAUCGUUUGAAACAUCCAGGAACUCUUUCAAUUGGUAUGAUGUGUAUCCAAACCCCUGGAGGGUUUCUCUUCACAUUCACGUUGAUGUACACCAAGGGGUCUCAUUGGAGCUCAUGGAUCUCAUACAUGACUGCAGCCAUCUUGCAAGGGUGUUUGCUCAGUUUAUGUAUCUAUUACGAAUAUUUCCGUGACCACGGGUUGGCUGCAGAGAUUGCUGAAAGAAGAGAAGUUGACCGGAUAGUUGAAGAAAACACCCGAGAGGGAAGUCCAUUGAUUCAUCAUUAAAAAAAAAAAAGAAAUAUAAGUAAGAUGACAAAUAUUUCACUGGCACAACUUCAUAUGUUUAGAUGAAUACAUAAAAU